UACUCGUCACGUGACUGUAGGCUACGUAAAUUGCGUAGAAACCAACAACAAACAUGGCAGACGAUCAAACAGAUGCCGAUCAGAGCAUGGAAGGCAGCACACCGGUGGCUGAGAACCCUCAUGCAGAAUAUGGGUUGACAGAAAACAUUCAGAGGAUAGUGGAAAACGAGAAGGCUCACCACGAGAAGAUGGCGAAACAGAAGCUGGAUUUGCAGACCCUACAGACGCUGCCGACGCGAGCGUACCUGGAUCAGACAGUGGUGCCUAUCCUCCUCCAGGGUCUCUCGGUGCUGGCCAAGGAAAGACCUCCACAACCUAUCGAGUUUCUCGCCGCAUUCCUUCUGAAGAACAAGUCGCAAUUUGAAGAUCGGAAUUAACAUGGAUCAGGAUGUAUCGGCCUAAUAAAAAGAUGACUGAG